AGUACUCAAUAUGAAUUACACGAACCUAGUGCAAAAUGCAUAAUUAUGGAAAAGAACCAAAAAAGAUUUAUUUUAAAUUCAACAUUAUCAUGCUUAUCAACACCGCACAAACCCAAAAUUCAAAAAGUAGAUAGAAAAACCAUAGCUGAUUUAUGUUCUUUAGGGAUCGAGUCUCUCGAGAAUGAUGAUAACUAUAAGGAUACAGAUACAAUGAAGGAAUUUAAGGAAAACUGUAAAAUGCAGGAGGAAAACAAAUCAUUGUCAAAAAUCAAUAAUAUCCUGGAUUUUCUGGAUGACGUCCUGAACUAUGACUUUACUGAAUUCCCAUGUAGAAUUUGGAGCCAUUUGAUUCACAAGUCAAUAGAUACCAACACUAAAUAUCUUGCCAAUAUUAUAUCAUACACUUUAACAGACUUUCAUUGUAAUUGUAAACAG